CGGUUCCAUUCUUCCAUGAAAUUGUAUACAUUCUUACAUAUAUGCACUAAGUAGCAUGGUCCUAUUUUUACCCAACGACGGUAUUUUUAUCCAAUCUGUGAAAUAAACAGCUUAAAAUAAACGAUGAACAAUCUAGUAACGUCUGGGCAGUUCUAUGUCUUUUUUAAUACGAUGUGGAAGCGGCACCAGUCUCAGUAUCGCGUUGCAGUUUUUGGGAAGAGCUGCUGUUAACCUACAUUCAGCAAGUGAAUCUUCAAUACGUUUAAGAAUUUGAUACAAUAAAUAAUAAUCAUUGUUUAAUAUUUUUGAGUUAAAAAGUUCAUCAUGACAAAAACAACAAAUAUAAGUGCACAUGAAUGGAAGGAGAAGGGCAAUGCAGAAUUUAAUAAAGGAAAUUGGGCAGAAGCUUUGAGCUGUUAUACAAAUGCACUAAAGCUUACAAAUGAAGAAAAUUCUGAAAAAGCAAUAUAUUAUAAGAAUCGUGCUGCUGCAUAUCUAAAACAAGCAGAAUACAAUAAAGCAAUUAAAGAUUGCGAUGAAGCACUUAAAAUAUGUCCAAAUGAUCCUAAGGCAUUGUUUCGUAGAUGUCAAGCAUUGGAUGCAUUAGAAAGAUAUGAGGAAGCAUAUCGUGAUGCAAGAUAUAUAAUUUCAGCUGAUCCUGGCAAUAAAGCAAUUCAACCUAUAGCUGCAAGACUGCAUGAAAUUGUUCAAGAAAGAUACAGGCAAAACUCUCGUGUCAGUGCCAAGGUAUCACAAAUGAUGGAUAUAGCUUUUGAAAUGAAAGGGGAUAAUGAAAAACGGGAAACAGCUAUGAAUAAUUUACUUGUUCUUGCUCGUGAAAGAGCAGGAGCAGAAGUGAUGUUUAGUGAUGGAAUUGUUUCUAAAAUAAUUAAGAUGCUCAAACUUGAGAAAAAUGAAGAAAUAAUAACAAUCGCAAUUCGAAUCAUUGCAGAAUUAUGUAAAGAUCAUAUUGAUCGAACUGAAAAAAUUCUAAAAGAUAUAGGAAUACCUUGGUGUUUAGAAAUGAUUAACAGUAAAAUUUCAGAAAGGGUAAAUGCUGCUCAAUAUUGUUUACAGACUAUACUUAAUACCUACAGUGGAAUGGAGAAUAAACCAGAUUCAAAACCAAAAAAAGAAUUAUGUGAUAAAUAUAAUAAGGAGAUUGAUACGAUCUUAUCUUGUUUAUUGUACAGCACAACAAGCAGAACAAUUUCUGGAUUAGCUAGAGAUGCAAUUAUAGAACUUAUUAUGCGAAAUAUUCAUUAUACCGCGUUAAAUUGGGCAGAACGGUUGGUCGAACUUCGUGGUUUGCAACGUUUAAUGGAAGUAGCGAGUGAGCUUGAAGAAUACAAAUAUGAAUCUGCCAUGGACAUUACUCCGUCUACUAGAACUGUAACUAGUGUCUGUUUGGCAAGGAUUUAUGAAAAUAUGUAUUAUGAUGCAGCGAAAGAUAAAUUUAGAACUGCUAUUGAUGAGUAUAUUAAAGAUAAAUUGCUUACACCAGAUAUAGAGUCUAAGGUUCGUGUUGUAGUUGCAUUAACAACCUUACUACUUGGUCCAUUGGAUGUUGGAAAUGCGAUAAUUGCUAAAGAAGGUAUCUUAGAAAUGAUACUUGUUAUGGCAGGCACAGAUGAUAUAUUGCAACAAAAGGUUGCUUGCGAAUGUAUUGUCGCUGCUGCAUCGAAAAAGGAUAAAGCAACUGCGAUUAUAAAUCAAGGCGUGAAUAUAUUAAAAAAAUUGUACCAAUCCAAAGAUGAUUCUAUCAGAGUACGUGCUUUGGUAGGAUUGUGUAAAUUGGGCAGUUCAGGUGGUACAGAUGCCACAAUAAGGCCAUUUGCUGACGGAGCAACGAAGAAAUUGGCUGAAGCUUGUAGAAGAUUCUUAAUUAACCCUAAGAAACAAAAAGAUAUGAGAAAAUGGGCAGUAGAAGGAUUGUCGUAUCUUACGUUCGAUGCUGAAGUUAAAGAAAAAUUAAUCGAAGACAAAGAAGCGAUUCAAGCAAUGAUUGAAGUUGCUAAAACUGGAGAUCAAUCAGUACUUUAUGGUGUUGUUACAACAUUGGUAAAUUUGUGUAAUGCUUAUGAUAAACAAGAACUUAUACCGGAAAUGAUAGAAUUAGCUAAAUUUGCAAAACAUCAUAUACCCGAAGAACAUGAGCUUGAUGAUAUAGAUUUCGUAAACAAGAGAAUAAUCACACUAGCUAAGGCUGGUGUAACAAGUGCACUGGUUGCACUGUCUAAAACAGAAAGUCAAAAUAGUAAAGAGUUGAUUGCACGUGUUUUUAAUGCAAUUUGCAGUCAACAUGAAGUACGAGGAAUCGUUGUACAACAAGGUGGAGCAAAGGCACUGUUACCAUUAGCUUUAGACGGAACAGAUAAGGGAAAAAAGCAAGCAUCGCAAGCUCUUGCGCGUUUAGGAAUUACGAUAAAUCCAGAAGUUGCAUUUCCUGGACAAAGAAUAAUGGAAGUAGUUCGGCCAUUUGUAAAUCUUUUGAAUCCAGAAUGUUGUGCACUUGAAAAUUUUGAAGCUUUAAUGGCUUUGUGUAAUCUAGCCGGUGUCAAUGAUAACGUUAGAAAACGAAUAUUGAAAGAAGGAGGUUUCCAGAAAGUUGAGAAUUAUAUGUACGAAGAUCAUGAAAUGUUAAAACGUGCAUCUGUUCAAGUUGUAAAUAAUUUAAUGAUGUGCGAAGAUACUAUAAAAUACUACGAACAAGAAAAUGACAGAGUUAAAUAUUUGGUAAUUCUUUGCGCGGACGAAGAUACAGAAACAAGCAUGGCAGCAGCAGGAGCCCUAGCAAUGCUGACAUCAACCAGUAUUAAAUCUUGUAUAAAAAUAUUUGAUUCGAAAGACUGGUUAGAAUCAUUACGUUUUCUACUUGCUAAUCCUAAUGCUGAUUUACAACAUAGAGGAGUUGUUAUUGUCUCAAACAUGAUUAAAAGUACAAAGGAUGUUGCAGCAAGAUUAAUUGAAACUGAUGUUAUGGAAAUUUUAAUGGCUCUAACAAAAAGUGAUACAGUAGAAAAUAAACAAGUAAAGAAACUAGCAGCUGAGGCAUUAGAAGCUGCAUCCAAAUGGGAACUGAUUAGGAAAUAUGAAAGUGACAACCAAACAUCGGCAAAUACAAGUACUUUGGAAACUGUUGAAUAAAUAUCAGUAUACGCUAAUUUAUAAAGUGUGCAAUAACAAUAUAUUUUAUGUGACUAAGUGCCUUGUCUUUCAUAGUAAAUAGCAUAGUCAAAAGA